AUGCUUGCCUCGAUGACAGGGGCCAGCCGCAAGCGGGGCAUGUUUGAGGAGCCGGACAUGUUGGCGAAACGCCAGUGCAUCCGGAACCCCGAAUAUCAGGCUGCUUUCCAGAUGUUCGAUCGUGACCUCAGUGGGACCAUCGACCUCCAGGAGCUGAACUCCGCGCUUCAGGCCGUCAAGUCCGUCGUCGAGUCGGGAACGCAACAGGCCAUGUUCCAGGCGCCCUUCAACGCAAAUGCGGUGCUCUGGCUCGCUGCGAAAUACGCGGGCCAGGGAGGAGGCCAGAUUCGGCUUCAGGAGUUCUGCGAAAUGCUGCAGUAUCUGGAAAGCGUGAAGACGAUCUUCGGCCAGAUUGACACCGACAGGACGGGGGACAUCUCCGUGGCGGAGCUGAGUCGAGCGUUGAAGCUCUCGGGGUUCAACGUCACUGGCACCAUGGACGGUGGAGACUCCGCACUCAGCUUGGCAGUUGCCAACAAGAUCGGCCAAGCUUAUGAUGCAGACAAGAAUGGAGUGCUCACUUUCGAUGAGUUUGUGCAACUCCGCCUGGAGUGGGAUUCGUACCUGGAUGCGUGGAGCAACAACGUCCCGCAAGGUGCGAAUGCCAUCUCCCCACAGCAGCUGAUGACCAUCAUGGAGUCGAUCAAGAAGUCACUCGAUCCUCUCAGCGACCUCGCCAUGCAUCCAGCAGCCGUAGGCCUGACAGGGUUCGAUGCCCGUGGCUUCUUGGGUCCCAUGAUCUACAACAACAUGUUUCAGGUGCCGCGACCAUUCCUCGUCACCACAGCAGAGGCUUUGAUCCGAAAAUUCUCAGGAGGAGGACUCAUGCUCAGCUUCGAGCAGUUCUGCUUGCUCAUGGAGUUCCUGAAGGUCAGCGGCCGAGCGUGCUGCAGCGGACAAGGUUGA